AUGUCCAGCUCAAUGCCUGAGAACCGCCGAAAUGGCCCUACUGACGUGUCGACUCCCUUCUUUGGGACACUUGAGGCAAAGGUUGCUUUCAUGCUUGACUAUGCGGCUAUUUCCCCAGCCGACGACUCACUUGGCGAGCGGGCAGAAGAGCUCCUAAGGGUAGAGCUCCUAUGGGUAGAUCACCCAUGCGAGCCCUUCUGCCUGCUCGCCAAGGUUCCAAAGAAUGGAGUCGACACGUCAGUAGGGCCAUUUCGGCGUCUCUCGGGCAUUGAGCUGGACAUUGAGUCUUUCACGGACCGAAACAAGUCAUCAUCGUCGCCUAACCCGGUCCGCAAGGCAUGGUCGAAGUCCCGUCGGAAGACCGCAUGUGGAGCUCCUAACCGAUGA